UUCAUAAGAAAUGAUUUACUCGAAGAAAGUCUGUGCAUACCUCUUUCCAUUUGUUUCCUUGCUUUGGGUUUGAGACCUCGUCACUAUCGCGCCUGCCCAUCUUGUCGUCAAUGCGGGACACAGAACUACCUACUAGCUUUCAGAUUGCUCAUCGAGGAUGCCUACUUUACACGAUGUGUAUGCCUAUCUUGCUGAAUUCUUACAUUCCCCCGGCCCAACUCACAGUCUGACUAUCGCUGGCCUGAUCCAGACUUCAUUUUCUGUGCCACUGCCUUCUCUCGUUGCACAGCGCAUCCACAAAGAAAAAGAUGGAGCCUAGCAAGGUCGAGGCGAUCAGCUCUUUCUUCAGUGACGCCCUCGGCUCCCCCCGAACGAUGCGUAGUGGUGCGCCCACGCCGCCGCCGCCGUCCUCCUCCGUGCCCCUCCCGGUACCCUCAUGGGACGAACCGGAGGUCCUCCUAUACGCAUCGCACAUCCCGACCACCCACGAAAUGGACAUCGACAGCCGUCCACCUGAGCCCGACGUGACCCCGCAUCGCGGAUGCCAGCAGCCAGUAGCAGCAGCAGCCAUCAGUCCCAGCGAUCCCGCCGGACCGAUCGACAAACGGACGUUCUCAACCUUGGCUACUGCUGCUGGUAGUAGUCGCAGCAACAGCGGUAGCGGCGGCGUCAGAAGCAGCAGCAUGCGGCAGGAAGUCCGGCUGAGCUGCGCGCAGGUCGAGCAGAUCCAUGCCACCAAGGAUGUGUUGAUGGCGCAGGAGACUGAGAUCGCGGGCCUGCGGACCACCCUCCGAGAGAUCCACGCUGAAAUGCGACGGGAGCGGCUCGAGGCAGAGAGGAAGGUGAGGGAGCACAUGAUCUCGGGGUGGAUGACGACUGAUGUUGGUGCGGAUGGCGAUGCCCGGGUUGCUUAUGAUAAUCAUCGUGAUGAUGCUUGGACGCCGGCAUUAAUGGAGGUGGAUUUGCUCCUUGCAGAGCUGGAGGCGGAGUACGGACGUGUCGAUGGGGCGUUGACGGAGCGGGAGAACCAGCUGGUUCAGUCGACGGAGGACUUUGCGGGCCUGCUGGAUCAGCUGCGCGGGUCAUUUCCCAAAGGCAUUUUCACGGAGGAGAACUGUGAGAGGGCCGCUUUGGGGAAUGUCGGAGCUGAGGAGCUUCUGGGUCGCAACGAGUAUGCUUUGAAGGCGUUCUCCCAGUCUGCGGCCGCACAGAGGCUGCGAGAGCUGCGGGGUCAGUUGGUCGAACUUGACGGGCAAUUGGUCUCGAUCGUGAAGCUCCAAAAUAUUGAAAAUCCCUUGGUCUCAGACAAAGGGCUUGACAGCGAUGCAAUGGACUUUCUGCGAACCUAUGAUGAAAAACGGAUGAAUCUGUUUCAUGAGUACUGGGCCAGACUGUCGGAUAUUGAGACCCUCACGGAAGGGCAUGGCGAUACGCUGCAGCUGUCCUCUCAUGAGCUCAAACAGAGCAGCAUCUUCGAGCCGGUGCUGAUACCGAGCUCGCCGUCGAAAGUCUUCGUCAACCAGUGGCUUCUGUUCCAGCUGAGGACGUCGUCCUUGGAAGAGGCGCGCAUCCGCUCGCUCCCGGAGUGGGAGACACUGCGUGGCCAAGGGUGGACCAACGCCGGCAUCAGCCGCCUGGCGCUCACGCUCUGGUUCUCGGAUGAUACCGUCCUGCCGUACAGAGAUUCCAAGACCCCGAGUCAGUCCUUCAACUUGAGCGAGAUCCCCAGCAUUGACUUCGAGGUCAGUCCGAGGAAGAGACGAGCCAGAUCCGCCAGCUUGCAGGGCCCGGAAACUCAACGGGAAUUUACGCAGUCUCCAGUCAAGUUUGGUCGUUACGAUACCACUUAGAAUAAGAUUCCCUCCUUUCAGGUUAUUGUUUUUCCUCGGUGCAGACUGAGUUUGGAUUCGUAUCCCUUAUUCGCUGUGGGCGGGACGACUUUGGAUCCUUGCAUGCGGAAUUCUUUUGUAGCGUUUGUAUGAU